UAGGCCUUGCGGACGUUCUACCUGGCAGAAGAUGGCGUGCAAUUGACGAAAGGGAACGGAAUUUGUCGACCGAUCAACUCUACGGUCUGCCAUGCGUUGUUGUAUGGAAUGGGAUCCAACAGCAUCGCUGAGAAGAUUUCAUGCGUUACUCUCGUGCGGCUCCUACUGGGGUCUCUUUGUUUCGUGCUUGACGUUGCAGAACAGAAUGGAGAAGAAGAUGAGUAAAUCCAAGUCGCGGAUUCGAGAUGGGAGGGUACCGAAAACUGUGCUCGUUGGCUGGGCAGCAAUAUCCUCAGGACCUGUGGUAUUUCAGCCUUCGAACAGGAUGGGGGGGACACCGAUAAUGAAGUGGAUGAAGGUGAAACGGUGACGACGAAGAGUAUUCAGAUGAAGAAUACAACUCGCGAAAGAGAUGGAUAUCCUCACCAGUAGCACAUUUCAUUAUCUUAGAACAAAUAUGACUUGUAUUUUUU